CAGUUUUAUGGGAGAUGUGUUCCGAAUAAGCCGCGUUAAUAUGAUAAUGGCGUUUUCCGAAAAUUUGACGGUUUUAAUUCUAAUAUCAGCUGUGGUAGCUCAAUCGUCUUGUCUGAAUCUGUCGCCAAAUUUAAAUGCAAGGUUUAAUAAAGAUUGCACAAUGGCAGAUGGGAGAACUGGGAUAUGUGUGGAUUAUUCAAACUGUAAGAAGGAGGGAGGAGUUAUCGAGCGUGGAGGAAUUAUUGAUUUCAGUGAACUUAGAUCAGGCGAUUCUUGUAAGAAUGGCUUAAACUGGUGUUGUUCCGAAAGUAAUAUUACGACACCCCCGGAAGUCACAAAUAAGGAAGAAUGUUUUGCUCGCGAUGGCGAUUACUGCCCAUGGUGCGUUUCAUUAUAUCGAAGUGUCGCAAUGAAUGGAAACGCGGCCGAGCUUUUCUGCGCGGGAGUACUUAUAGGAUCUAAAAUUGUUUUAACCACUGCUACUUGUCACAUUGUGUCUGUCUACCAAAAUGUUUGGGCUCAAAUACCAGAUUCGACAGAACCAGGAAAAAUGUUUCCGGUUAUACGCAGAAAACAGCACGAUAAUUAUAACUCAGGCUCACACGAGUUCGACCUGGCAAUAUAUACAUUAGACCAGGAAGUAAAAUGGAACGAUAAACGAAAAGAUGCCUGUUUAGCACUGACGUCACCCUUUAAGCCUUUGUGUUUCUCGUUUGGAUAUGACGCAAAUGAUAAAUUUGUUUCGACAUUACUUACAAUUACUAAAGGCAGUUGUACACCGGGAGCUGGUGAAACCGUCGACGUCUCCUGUGGUAAAACUUUUGAUGAUGAACCAUGUUUUGUGGCCACAGGGGCCCCUGUGAUCUGUGACGAGGAGCCUAACAAAAUGACAGUGUACGGCAUCGCCCGAAGCCCGUGUAGAAAUUCUGCAGCUCAAUUAGGCGCUAUUAAUUUGUCCUCACAGUGGCUUGCAGAUGAACUUAAGGCGUUUGGCCUUACUGAAGCGCAUUUUUUGCUUAAAAAGUCAACCUAAGCUAUAAAUCAUGUUCACCGAUAAUUCAAUGCUUUGAAAAUUUCACAAUUCAUACGGUAUUGUUAAAAAGUCUGAUACAUAAUAUUUUUUCUAUUUAUUUUUAAAAGUAACUCCCAAAACAUCCAUUUUUUAUAAUAUAAACUAUGUCCACUAAUGCUUCGAUUAAAAGUGUGCGUGUACCAGUGUACAGACGUAAGAAGUGAAACUUUUUUAUGACCUUAUUUUUCGAAAAAUUAUCUACUAUAUGCAACUUUACAGAAAUUGGUUAAACAAAGUUAAAUUAGAUAAAGUUUAACAAAAGGCUUUUAUUAUCAUAG